AUGACUACACUACCCAACCUCCCCGUCCUCAGCGCGAUUGCCUCGCAUGCGCCGACCAAGACCGCAAUCAUCCACAACAGCUCCAAGAAAAGCUUUGCGUACGGCUCGUUGCUGAAGGACAUUGCCCGCUGGAGAUCGGUUCUCUCCAAGAUCACCAGCUCGGCGGGCACGGGCAAGCGUAUCGCUAUUAUGGGCGAGAACAGCUACGAGUUCGUCUCCUGCCUGCUCGCGGCUGUGUCGCUGCCGGAGACGAUCGCGGUUCCCCUAUGUCCUUCACACACUGCGCCCGAGAUUACUUACCAAUUGAACGAUGCCGACUGCUGCGCUGUUGUCGCGACUGCGCGCUUUAAGGAGAAGUUGACGCCUCUGGUUGGCGAGCGUGAGUUUGUCAUUGUCGAGGAUGUCGUGCUGCCGGCGUCGGAAGAGGUUACAGUCGAAGAGGAUACGACCGGUAUCGUCAACACGAGCGGAAUUAUCCUCUACACUUCUGGAACCUCAGGCAACCCCAAGGGCGUGGUCAUUCCCAAUGCUACUCUCACUGCACAGUCGUUAUCGUUGAUCAAGGCUUGGGAAAUCAAGGAGACCGACACACUCUUGCAUACUCUUCCUCUCCACCAUAUCCACGGCAUCCUAAACGCCCUGUUGGUCCCCUUGUUUGUGGGCGCGACUGUGCUUUUCCAAUUCCCGUUUGCCGCCGGUCCAGUUCUUAGCCUGCUCGCGCACGAGAACGAGUCCGAUCCCAUCAUUACCAUCUACACUGCCGUUCCCACAGUCUACUCUCGUCUUUCUACUCUAUUCCGAACAUUCUCGCCCGAGAAGCAAGCCGAAGUCAGUGCGGCAGUUUCCAAGAACUUGAAGCUCGCAAUGUGCGGAUCGGCGGCUCUUCCUGAUCCGCUGAGAGAGGGAUGGGCUGAGCUGUCUGGCGGUCAUCCCCAGCUUCUUGAGAGAUAUGGUAUGACUGAAGUCGGAAUGGCUCUCAGUCAACCUUUGAAGGAGGAAGAGCGCUCCAGCGGUAGCGUCGGCAAGCCCCUUCCCGGCGUUUAUGCAAGACUGGUCGACAAGGACACCUUGGAAGUUCUUUACGAGUCGGUCGGAUGGGAGUCUGAGAAAUGGUACGCUCCCAAGCCUACCUCGGCCGAUGACCAGCUGUUAGGCGAAAUCGAGCUGUCCGGACCUACCAUCUUCAGAGAGUACUGGCGGAAGGAGAAGGCCACUGAGGAGUCCUUUGUGACUGACGCUAGCGGACGGAAAUGGUUCCGAACCGGCGACAUUGCCGGUGUCGAUAACGCCGGCCGAUGGUGGAUCAAGGGCCGCGAGUCCAUGGAUAUCAUCAAGUCUGGCGGCGAGAAGAUCUCCGCUCUCGAGAUCGAGCGCGAGAUUCUGUCGCUCGAGGGAAUCCUGGAGUGCGCGGUCGUCGGACUGCCGAGCUUGGAGUGGGGACAAUCUGUGGCUACUGUGAUUGUCAUGGCGGCUGGCCACCCACCUAUCGAGUUUGCUGACUUGAAGGCACAGCUUAAGCUCCGUCUCACAGGAUACAAGCUGCCGAAGGAGUUGAAGAUCAUCGAGUCUAUCCCAAGAAAUCAGAUGGGCAAAGUGAACAAGAAGACUUUGGUUAAGCAAGUCUGGCCCGAAAAGUUUGAGUAA